AUGACCAGCGGCCACUGUAACAAUCUGGACACAAAGGCGUCCUUAGUGCAUCUAGAACUCUUCCUCUUUCCGAAUCUUUGCCUCUCUCGGGAGGCCGAGCUCUCGCUAGUACUUAAACCACUUCCAGUAUCCGAACCGGCAGUCGGUUGUUUCGUGGCUUCGGUGCAGGAUCUCCUGGAAAACCUUCGCCUUCGUCUUUUUGUUGAUUUAACUGUCCUACCCACAAUUGAACCACUGUGCACUGCCAACUCCUAUCCUGUGACCCACCGGCAAUUUCUUGUACAAGAGAGUGCCACCGAAACGGUCACCGGUCAGACUGCUAACUGGGCAUGCCUCCGCUACAGACUAGGUCAGCAGUUGUUCUCUGCCCAGCCAACGGGCAGUAACUCCAUUCAAGCUGACGUGGAGAUGGUCUGUGUUCGAAGACUGGGAGUGCAGAUACCGUAUGAACGUGACUGUACCUUCCUCCUCGGAGGUAUCACAAUAGUGGACACGGAUGCCAACUGGCUCUAA